UCUAACAAAUUUUUAGUUUUCCAUUUUCUUGGUUUGUUUUGUGCUCGGCAUUAUUGUCUAAGGAAGACGCCUUGAACGAUAAUCGAUGUCAUUUUCAAUUCUCGAGGGUCGCAUUUUUGUCCAUCAGAACAGUGACGUGAAGACUUUCAGGUAAACAAUUUUUAUGGUUUACCAGUCCAACACGCCGAACAAUUUUCUCAAGGGAAAAAGAAGUGCCAUCACUAAGUGUAGGAGCUCUGAUUUACCAGAGGAAGUCCCAUGGCUGCGAUACUAGGAUCCGCGGUUGCAAGCGAGUCUGUAAGCAGAAUUUUCUCGAUCAUAUCAGGCAACUCGGGAGAGGAUGGGGGUGCGGAGGACAACGCCGAGAGGCUGAAGUUCGCGGUGCUGAAGAUCCACAGCGUUGUCGCCGUCUCCGAAGAUUGGCGCAUACUUCACCAACCAUUGCUCGACUGGAAGGCGAGGCUGAAGCGCGUGGCCAAGGAAGGCGAUGGCAUCCUGCGCGCUCACACGAGGAGAUCCGCGGAGCGCAAACGGGGCGAUGGGGUUGCGAGGAAGGCUGUUCCCGUUCAUAAGCGCGUCGCUCGAGCGGCGACACGCUUCUUGCCCUUCCGCCGCGGCAAGGACGACGACGGCGAUCCGAGCGAUGCGACGGUGCGGAGGUUCGAGAGGCUAGCGCGUGUCGCCGACGAGUUCUUCCGGUACGUCCAGCUUGGGGGCCGUCCGAAGAGCUUGACGGCGUCCAUGGAAGUUCCUGCAGAGCCGCUGCUUGCAGGGAAGACGCUGGAGUUCUCCCUCCGGAGCGGCAGCCGGGACGCCCUCCUGCUGCUCCAUCCGUGCAACAGGGAGAUCGUUCUCUUCCUCUCCUGCGACGACAGCGCGGCGUGGGAGAGGAACGUGAAGCUCUGCGUUGUCUUCCGACUGCUCGAGCACACUGACGUCUUGGACAUCGUCAUGUCUUCCUUGCAGCUGCUGCCUCCCCAGUUCGGCGCCGCCUGUGCGACGGCAAGGGAGUUCGUCAGGGAGGCGCGGGCGCAGGAAACGAGCUAUACCAGCGCGUCGUCCAUGUCGAUGCGGUGCGUCUCGUCGGCAUGGAGGUGUCACCGCAACUCCACGGACGGGGGAUGCGCGGCGACCGACGGUAUGCCGCGGCUGCCGUGGCCGAUCGUUCGAGUCGACGCCGUGUACUUCGCCAUGCCGCAGAACGAUUCGCCGGAUGCGCCUGCGGACCAGAACAAGCUUCUGAAAUUGGCAUGCCAUAUCACUCCCCAUCUUGUGCCCGAGACGUACUCCCGGCACUACCGGCAGAUCGGGACGGAAACACUACAAGAGCUGUCCCCCAAGGUGGCGGACGAAGGAGCUUCCGCUUGUGGACGGACAGCUGCGUGGUGGUGUCCUCGCAGCUCAACGUAUUUGUCGGCGGAACCAGAGGUUUCGGUGCCGCCGCCGACGCUGCAGCAGUUGUUCCUGGUGCAAAGCUUGAAGGGGGCAAUGUAGUUCUUCUUGGCUUCUCGCAGUAGUAGCAGAAGCGAUGCAAACUUUCACUUUUAUUAAGCAAUAAGGGGGCAAUGUAGAUCAUGGCUAAGU